AUGCGUGCGCUGCCAUCUGAGCUUGACUUUAUAAGCUUCCUCAAUCAAAUUGGUGAUGGGACAUAUCCAAUUCAUUCUGAUCUCGGCGAUGAUAUAAUUGAACUUCCUCAGAACGUUAUCUGCUCAGGAGAUAUUAUUGACGAAGUAUACAAUGACUUUGACAGCAUUAUAACAAGCAACACUAUAACAGACCGAGCAAUCCUCUCUACGAAAAACGAAUUCUGCCAUUCUGUAAACGAAAAGAUAAUGUCAAGGAUGCCCGGAGAGUUCACGACUUAUUACAGUUUUGACAAGAUUGUAACUGAUGACGUUUCGGAGACACUGAAUUUCCCAACCGAAUUCCUCAAUAGCAUUGAAUUGAGCGGAUUACCACCUCAUAAAUUAAAACUUAAAGUCAACGCGGUCGUCAUGCUCAUAAGAAAUUUAGACACUGCUAAAGCACUGAUUAAUGGUACCCGAUUGAGAGUGAAACAUUUAUAUCCACUCACUAUCGACGUGGAAGUUCUAACCGGAACGUCUUCGGGAAAUCGAUUUCUCAUACCAAGAAUCCAUUUACGUCCUUCUGAUGCAGCCCUUCCCUUUGCCAUGCAACGCACGCAGUUCCCAAUCAUACCUGCGUUUGUUAUGACAGUCAACAAAUCACAAGGACAGAGCAUUGGCAAAGUUGGAAUAAUGCUUGAAGAGCCUGUCUUUGGCCAUGGACAGCUGUAUGUAGCCUGCAGCCGUGCACGAUCGUUUGAAGGGCUGAAAUUCAUGGUCCGUGACACAGAAAAACAAGGCCGGUUGAGAGGUGAUGAUCGAGUGUUCACUCGGAAUAUAGUAUUUAAAAAUGUAGUAUAA